UAGUUCUGAAUUCUGCUUCCGAAUUGACUACCGGAUUAUUGCGGGUUUCUCACCGUCCCUCGUGUUAUCGUUGGAGAUUACUACCAUUACUUCUAAACACAGUACACGAAUUUGACAUGCUGUAGAAGCACCGAAGAAGCUUGUUUACUCAUGGCGGCCUCAUGUGCCAGCAUGCUGCCAUAAAUUCCCAAGCCUUUGUCCGUUCUAACAUCAGCUCUCAAACAUAUCUGUCACGAUGCCAUUCAACAUGUUCAAGGCAUUCGGAGGCCGCAAUCCCAACAAUCAUCGUCCCGAUCGCGCAGUCUACAAUGACUACGGCGAGGAAUUUUCAAAACCAGACUAUCACCAACCCAUUUCUCAUCCACAACUGAGAAGGCAUGAGACGCUGCCAAGAAAAAGAGUGGAGCCAGUAUUCACUCCUGUUCCAUCACGUGCACCUACUGACGGAGAUGAAUACUACGAUGGCUACGUUCGGGUGGACAACCCUCAGACUAUCCUAGGGGGAACUCUCAACGCCCGUCCCACAAGACCAGAAAACCCUUUGAGCCCUGUUCCGUCUGUUGAGCGAGACGAUGGUGACAGUCGAUUUUCGGAAACAUUUUCCGAGCAGGGACAUUCUAUACAUAGUCCCCCAAGGAUGCCAGAUCAACCUGCAUCUUUACAUUCCCAAAUGCGAGAUGGAGUCACUCGUGCAGAUUCUUUUAGCUACGGCAAUGUUUCAGGUCGUCACAUGCCUGACGAUCCUGCUAUCACCCACAUCGACAGAUCUAUUGACUCAGGGAGCGAUCAUACUGUCGAGGCGCCCAGGACGCCAAUGUCUAGUCACUCUCAUACGAGGGCGGCUUCUAUACACACACCGGUUGGUUACCCGGGGAAGAGUCCUACUAAUAUAUAUGCGGAUGGCCAUGAGACUCGUCCGAUACGAUACAAUGAAAUCCACCAAGUUGGGCACGGCCGGGCCCCUCACUCAGGCAGGCAUGGCCCUAUCUAUUACGUCAUCCCUGGCGGGGUGAGUGUUAUAUUCCAAGAUGAAUACGGGAAUGAAGUCGGAAGAGUUGGUGAUUUUAGCGGGCGCCCAGCACCACGUUCUGCACCCUUUAUUGUGCAGGAUAAUCAUGGGCGUGAGCUUUACAGUUAUGAUGGCCGCGAUCACGAAAGUGGCCCUCCCAGAGAUCCACGAGUGGUUAUGAUAGAUCCCAAUCAACGUAGUUCAAAACGCCCAAGUAGUAGCAGGGGUUACUCGUCCCACAACUACCACUCCGAUCCCUCUUAUAGGUAUCACGGUGACUACUCGUCCCAUAAAUACCACUCCGAUCCCUCGCACAGGCACCACGAUGACUACUCAUCCCAUAGAUAUCACUCCAGUCCAUCGUACAGGCACUACGAUGACUACUAUCACGAGCACAGGGGUAGAGGUUACAGGGAUAGAGACGACAGAGACCCUUACCGAGAGAGGGAAUACAGAGACCCCUACCGGGACAGGGAAUACAGAGACAGGGAAUACAGAGAUAAGGAAUACAGAACACGGGAUCACCGAGAUAGACAGCCACGAGAUACGGGUUACCAUGGAAGGGAUGAUUGGCAGCCCGAGGACCAACCGCGAGGAUCGCACUCAUCAAUGCACAGAACAAACAGCCACCGCAGCCAUACUUCCUCGAAUAUGUCCGAAAGGCCAUUUCCACAGACUCUUCCGGAUGACCGACAUUCCAAUUCCAGUCGGCUGCGUGACGGGCCUCAUCCCUCAGACAUGCACCCCGUCGAGGAUAUCGCUGAUGGAAUGCAAUCCCUCAAAAUUUGAGAAUUCCAUGAAAGAGCACGUCCGUUGCGCAAUGAUCGAUAAUUAUCGUAAUGCUAUGAGACAUCAUCUACGACUACG